AUGGGGCUGGUCUCAUGGCUGGGCCGGAGGGGCCAGAGCCCAGCGCCACGGUCCCGGCAGACACACCAGCCACAGGAGCCGAGCAGGGCGUGGGAAGUGGCCCGCAGUGCCGGUGGCUUCAUGCUGGGCAUAGCCCUGGCCAGCCUGUACGGGGCUCUGGUGCUGCUGGCGCAGGGCCACAACAUCUGGUACUGCCUGAUCACCACCAUCGGCCUGGGCGCCGUGCUGGGGCUGGGCAUGGCCUUCUCCGCCAAGGCGCGGGUCACGGUGCUGCUCUCGCUGCCCCAGAUCUUCACCAAGGAGGGGAAAAUGCUGAUGCUGCUGCUGGCAUUGACCAUGGCCGUGCAGGGCCCCUGCGCCAACAUCCUGCACAACUUCUCCCGUGCCGCCGAGUCACUGUCGUGCGGGGCCGAGCUCGCCCUCAACCAGACGGCCGAGCGGCUGCAGCGUGCCCAGGAGCCGCUGAUCAACUUGCUGUCCAAGAUCAAGGAGAUCGCGCAGGAAGCCAAGGCGGUGGGUGACCGCGUCCGCAAGUUCUUCCGCUCCAUCAUGGAUGCCGUCAGCCACGUCGCCCGAGCCCUGCGCAACGUGUGGCUGUGGCUGGCAAACAUCGGCCAGGUGUGCAACGAGGAGCUGGGCUCACCCUUCCACCGCUGCCUGCGCCUCUUCGAUGAGGCCAAGGACAACUGCGAGCACGCCAUCCCCUUCCUCUUCUUCCUCUGCUACAUCAUCACCGCUUUCAAGCCUCUCUGUGGGCUGGCCAACAUUGCCCUCCUCUUCUGCAUCAUCCCACAGUACAUCCAGAACUUCAUCAAGACCAACAUCGCCGCCCCCCUCAACAACGCUCUGGACCGCGUCCGCCGGGAGUUUGAGUUCAACAUCUCAGCCGUGCACCACUUUGACAUCAGCUUCAACGCCAGCAAGAGCCUUGGAGAGGUGGCCCUGGACAUCAUGGAGGGCGUGAGCCAGAGCCUGGAGCCCACUCGCCGGGUCCUGGGGCUCUUCCUGAACGUCUCCUUCCUCGCCAUCCUCUACAUGUACUUCAAGGCGCUGCGGUACCGCCACCGGUACCUGCGGGACGAGACCUUCGAUAACAUCUACAUCACGCGGCGCUUCAGGGAGCUGGACCAGCUGCGGGCAGAGCAGGGCAAACCCACCGUGCUGCCCCUGACAGCGCGGGAGUGCGGCCGCUACAUCUCCCCAGCCGGGCUGUGGCUGUCGCGACAGGAGCAUCGCCGGUACGGGCUGCAGCUCGUGGGGUUCCUGCGCCACAUGCUGCUGGGCUUCUGCAUUAUCCUGGCUGACUACAGCCUCUUCUGGCUGCUCGACCUCAUCCGGCACCAGCUGCGGGGAGAGAUCGUUGCCAGGGCGCCGGCGGUGGUGGGUGUCAGCGUCAACGGGUCGGGCUACACCAGUGAGAUCUACCGGGACAUGGUGUCUGCCUUCGGCGUGCUGCAGCAGGGCAACGUCUCGGUGGUGUCCCAGCGCUGCCUCAUCCAGCCUGUGGAACCCGACUACACCACAUACGUCUUCAUGGGAAUCCUGUACGGCAUCUGCCUCUUCAUCUCCGUCUUCGGCAACUACGUGGCACGGCUGCGCCGGCUGGUGUGUGCCACCUAUUACCCGAGCCGUGAGCAGGAGCGCACAGCAUUCCUGCACAGCACCAUCCUGGCACAGGGGCAGGGCUGGCACGAGCCCUGUUCCAAGCCGCCACGCUGCGCACGGCCGACGCCGGGAAAGGCAACCUGUUCCUCGUCCUCACCGCCAGGUAAGCCCCCCCGGGGGAUGCAUCCAUGGGCUUGGAGCCAUCCCGGGCACACAAGCACCUUGCUGGGCACUGCAGAAGGGCAGUGCCAACCCCGGCAAGGGCAGAGCAGGCAGCAGCGGCUCUCUGCCUGCAGGGUGCCCUGCUUUGCCCGCCUGGCUCGGCUCUUUGGCAUCCAGCAGAAGCGCUGCUUGGCCUGCGGGGUGACAAAGCAGCCCGACUUCAUCACCUGCAUCACGAACGGAUGCAAAGGGCUGUACUGCAGAGACUGCCACCAAACCCUGAACAACAUCUGUACCAUCUGCAUGGGCCCCCUGACCUACCCGGACACUGGGGACAAGGAGAUAGACUCCAGCGACGAGGAGACGGUGGGGCUGUGGCUGGGCGCUGUGCGGGCGCGGCGGGGCCAGGAGCAGGGGCGGCUGCUGCGGCAGCGCAUCGGGGAGCUGGAGAAGGGCUUGGGGGGCUGCCGGCGGCUGCCCCCCCACUUGGCAGCCCGGCUGCGAGCCCAGCUGAAGGAGGAGGCGAGCGGGGAGAGCGACGGGGGCAGCAGCGGGGUGGAAAGCGAGAGCAGCUCCGUCUCCAGCCUGGACUUUGGCUACCAGGAGCGGCGUGAGAGCAGCGGCAGCGAGCUGGAGCAGGUGGUGGCCCUGCGGCCGCCCCGCAGCAGGGACAGGGCUCGGUGACGCCCGCACGGUGCCACGCGGCGGCGAGGACGCGGAGCCAAGCUCCGGGACGU